GAAUGAAAUCACAAGACAUCGAGUUGGCAGAACAGACUAUCAAGAAAGUAUUCGAGGAUGUGCAUAGAAACGGGUUUGAUCCUAAACGUAUCGAGGCAGCUUUGCAUCAAUCAGAAUUGAGCAAAAAACACAAAACCGCAGAUUUUGGGUUAAAUUUAAUGCAUGGCCUAAGUUCCGGCUGGUUUAACAAUAUCAAUCCCGCUGACCUUUUGGAAAUUGACAAGAAUAUCAAAACUCUAAGAGAAAAAAUUAAAUCCGGUCCAUUCUUUCAAUCUCUUGUCGAAAAAUACUUCUUCAACAAUCCUCACACUCUCACCUGCAUAAUGGAACCCGAUCCUAACUUUACUGAAUUUAUCAACGCCGAAGAAUCAAAACGGCUAGAAUCAAAAGUAUCCGCUUUGACACCUUCCGAACAAGAGCAUAUUUACAAACAAUCAUUGGAAUUGCUUGAGAAGCAAGAAGGACAGGAGGAUCUAUCGGUACUACCCACGUUAAAGGUUGAAGAUAUUCCGCCAGAGAUGCAAAGAUUUCCUCUGUAUUUUAAUAAUAUCGAUGGAUGCGAA